AGCAGUUCAAUUCCUCAAGAACAUUUGCUAAAGUGCCGAUCGCAUUUUGAACGAGCACUCUGCAUGCCAGUUUUGAAACCAUCCGAUGUUCUACUCCUAUGGUCCCCUUUAACCGCGUACAUUUUGGAACGAGCCUUGCGUAAGAACUGGACGGAUCUUGAAUCUCAACUGAUUGUAUUUUAUAAUCGUGUUCCAAAAACGGGUUCGACGACAUUUACCAAUGCCGUUGCUUAUGAUUUGUUCAAAGCCAAUGAUUUUAACGUGAUACACCUGAACAUGACCAAGAACAGGCAGGUAAUGAGUCUUACGGAUCAAGGUGAAUUCAUAAGAAACAUAACAUCAUGGAGUGAGAGGAGACCAGCAUUUUACCACGGACACGUUGCUUUUAUCGACUUUACCAGAUUCGGUCACAAAAACCCUGUUUAUAUAAACAUUGUUCGAGAACCUUUCGAGCGCCUACUUUCACACUACUACUUUCUCCGGUUUGGCGAUAAUUUUCGCAUCGGACUGAAGAGAAGCAGAGCUGGAAACAACGAGACAUUUGACGACUGCGUAAUGAGGGGUGGCCGUGACUGCGACAUGAAACAGAUGUGGCUGCAGAUUCCAUAUUUUUGCGGACAUCAUCACUUUUGCACCAUUGUUGGUAGCAAGCUUGCUUUGGAGCAGGCGAAGAGGAACUUGAUUGAAAAGUACCUGCUAGUUGGUGUCAGUGAAAGGAUGCGGGAUUUCAUAGCAAUGCUCGAACGUUUGCUUCCUCGUUUCUUCAGGGGAGCACUUGACCAUUUCGAUGGGCUGAGCGAGAACCGAGCACAUCUUCGCAAUACGAAAAAGAAGUUCCCUCCUAAUGACUAUACAUUAUCUGUGGUAAGAAGGAAUGAAGUAUAUCAGAUGGAGAAGGAGUUUUACGAUUUUGCGAAGGAGGAGUUUACUGCAAUCUUUAAGAAAGCAACUAACGGAACGAACAAUGCUUCGGACAUCCGUCGGCUGAAAUCUCAAUAUCAUUAUGAAAAAAUAAAGCCAGAACGACCUUCGAUACACUAAGUUAACCUAUUCUGCUUUCUAUCGAAGAACCAUCGUGGUACUCUAAGCUUUUAGUGAAAUGGCUCACUAUUUUUCGGGCAGCAUAGUGUUGUAACGGGUGUGCUUCCCACAUGGCAGUAAAAACCGCUUGGACAACUGUCUAUUUUUUGUCCGCCAGUACACAGCACUCUUUCAUCAUCCGUGCCAAUCAAAGGCUCGCCAUGUCCACAUGGAUUGAGUUCUAUAUAAUGUUCAUACGCGAGGGACAUUAUAUUUGAU